GGGGCAGUUUUUAAAGCGGCGAGCAAUCUGUCUGGAUUUUUCAUCCACCGCCUAUGUUUUUCGUUGUUUAUGGUUUAGUAGCGAACUAACGUGACUGGAAAUCUACGGCUUUAGAAAUGUCUUUUCCCAAAGCGCCUAUAAAACGGUUUAACGACCAUGUUGGUUGUGCACCUCCACCUGGAGCAUACGAUGUUAAGAUAUCUGAUGGUCUUAAAGGGCCGGUGUCUUUUGAGAAGUCACAACGGUUUAGAGCGAAAAAAGAUUCCAGCAGUGAAGCUCAGUACAUGGAUAAAGAAGAUGAAUUUACUUCUCCAGUACGUCUGAGAAAACACUCAUCCCACGGUUCAACUCCAAACUUAAGGCAGAAGCCUGAAAAGGAUACAGAGUUUCUGAGAGAGAUGAAAAAACAGAAGCUAUUGGAAAAAGAGAUUCGCUCACUGUUGAAGGAGCGUGCUGAACAGGACAAGAAACUGCAGGCGUUGGAGGAGGAAUUCAAAAAGAUGGAGGUCAAACUGAUCACAGCUAUGAGAGAGAAGUCUUCCCUUUCGGCAAACGUUGCCUCCCUGGAGCGUCAAAUUGCUGACCUAAACAAAAUUAAUGAGCUUCUGAAAACCAAAUUUUCAGAUGACAGCGCAAAGAAGAGACUGAACAGUUUGUCUGCGGAGCUGAUAGAAGCAAAAAAUAAAAUGGACACAAAAGACAAGGAGUUAAAUUGUCUCCAGAAAAAGUUUGAAGGACAGAUUAAACUACUCCAAAGUGAUCUUGAGUCUUCUAGUGCAACUUUAGACUCUCUUAAGAAGCAAAACACCUUUCUCGAAAAGAGCCAUUUUGAAGCAAAUAUGCAGCGGGAAGUCUUGGAAAAGGAGCUGAACCACGCUAAGGGCUUACUAGAAGAAUUACAAAGAGAUCAUCAAAAUCUUCAAGAACGUCUGUCAAACACACAGGAGCAGAUGAAGGAACUGCGCAUGGAAGUGACCUUGAAGGAAAAGGAAAAUGAAAGCAAGCUGCAGUCUGUAACCGAUCGUUUGCAUGAACAAAGCAAGAUGCUUGCAAAACAAGAAGAACUAGAAAACAGUCUUCAUGAAGCACGGAUGAGCUUGGAACAAACACUGCAACAAGUAACCAAGCUUGAGGAACAACUUCUUGCAGCUGAUCAAGAAAAAUGCAGCUUGGUGGGAGAAAAAGUUGAAACUGAACGGAAGCUGGCUGCUGCUUUGGAAGAGAUGAGUGAAGUUGUAGCACGAGCUGAAAAGCAUAAAUUGGAUGUAGACCAGAUGGCAGAGCUACUGAAGCAGAAGGAACUUGAAAAAAUAAACCAAAGAGAUCUUUUCAGCCAAAGGGAGCAGGAACUCUUAACAAAAAUACAAGAGCUUGAAGAGCAGUAUGUUCAACAAAUUCAGGAUAAAGAGAAACACCUUUUUGAAAGUCAGGCAAGAGGUGAAUGCUUAAAUGCAGAGAUAGAAAUGCUUAAACAGCGACUAAGCCAAGGUGAAGAAAGACACCAGGCAUUACAGAUGAAAGAGGGGGAACUGUGUGUAAAGUUAAAGAAAGAAGAGGAAUUGUCACAUUCUCUACGUUUGGAAAUGCAGGACAUUCAGCAAGAGAUGAUGAAAGAGCGCCACCUGCUGGAAGAGGAAUUGGAAGGCGUGCUUGAUGAACUUGACAGGUUGCAGCUUGCUGAAGAGCAGGCAGAUAAAUUAAUUUCUCAUCUGGAACAGGAUAACAAGCAGAGAGUAGAGGAGAUGGCUCAUCUUGAAAAAACCCUGAAAGAGAAAACUGCAGAGCUUGAAAACCUUAAAGAAAAGCACAGAAAAAAAUGUUUACGUUUGGAAGAAGCACACAGCAAUACACUGCUUAAACUUACAGAACUUGAAAGUUUCAGGAAUUCAGCCACAACAGAAAUAGAAUCUCUGAAGUCUACAAAUUUGUCUCUUCUGGUGGAAUUUAACGAGGCACAGAAAAAUAAUGAAGCACAGCAGCAACUUCUUCAAAAGGCAACACAGGCAAAAGAAGACAUGGAACAAAAACUUUUACAUACUAGUGAAGCAGCAGCCAAAACCAAGGAUUGCUUCCAGGAGCAAAUUAACGAGCUUCAAGUAGCUUCCGAGAAAAUGAAAGAAAGCUUUGAGCUGCAACUUCAGGCACAGCUAGAAGAUGCUGCAAAAACCAAGAAAUGUUUGCAGCAGCAAAUUAACGACCUACAAGUAGCUUUAGAGGAAAAGGAAAGCUUGGAAGUGCAACUCCAGGAGCAGCAAGAGAUUGCAGCCAAAGCAAAGGAAAGUUUGGAGCAGCAAAUUAAUGAGCUACAAAUAGCCUCAGAGAAAACAAAGGAAAGCUUGGAGUUGGAGCAGCAAGAAGCUGUUGCCAAAACAAAGAAAUACUUGGAGGAGCAAAUUAAUGAAGUAAAAAUAGCCUUAGAGAAAAAGCAAAGCUUGGAAAUGCAACUCCAAGAGCAGCAAGAUAUUGCAGCUAAAACAAAGGAAAGUUUGGAGCAGCAAAUUAGUGAGCUACAAAUUGCCUUAAAGACCAGAGAAAGCUUGGAAGUGCAAUUCCAGGAGCAGCAAGAGAUUGCUGCCAAAGCAAAGGAAGAUUUGGAGCAGCAAAUUAAUGCACUACAAAUAGCCUCAAAGGAAACAAAGGAAAGCUUGCAGUUGCAACUCUUGGAGCAGCAAGAAGUUGCUGCCAAAACAAAGACUUACUUGGAGGAGCAAAUUAACGAGCUACAGAUAGCCUUAGAGAAGAAGGAAACCAUGGAAAUUGAGCUCCAGGAGCAGCAAGAAAUUGCAGCAAAAGCAAAGGAAAGUUUGCAGCAGCAAAUUAAUGAGCUACAAAUUGCCUUAGAGAACAGGGAAAGCUUGGAAGUGCAACUCCAGGAGCAGCAAGAGAUUGCAGCCAAAGUAAAGGAAAGUCUGGAGCAGCAGAUUAAUGAGCUACAUGUAGCCUCAGAGAAAACCAAGAAGAACUUGGAACUGCAACUACAGGAGCAACAGAAAGUUGCAGCUGAAACAAAGGAUAACUUGAAGCUGCAACUUUGCGAGCUCCAAAAAGUAACUGCUAAAACCGAAGCAGACUUAAAUAACCAACAACAAGAAUAUGCAAAGAUCAAGUUGCAGCUUACAGAACAAAGUGAAAAGGCAGCAAAGGCUAACACUGAAUAUUUGAGGCUGUUGGAAGAUGCUCAGAUAAAUCUGAAAACGAAGGAGGCAGAGGUAAAAGACUUGGAAGACAGAUUUCUUAAAAGAGAGUCAGAGUUGCAAGCUCAACUGAAGCAACUGCAAGACGUGUUGCAGAUUCAGAAAGAAGAUCUUGCAACAUUAAGACAAGAAUCUGAAAAGAAAAAUGAGGUGGAGGAGAAUAAAUGGCGUACGCUGUAUGAGGAAUUGCACAACAAAGUGAGACCUUUCCAGCAACAAUUGGAUGCAUAUGAAGCUGAGAAGAAUGCCUUGCUUAAUGAGCACGGAGCCGCUCAGGAUGAACUAAACAAACUUAGUGACGCUUAUGCCAAGCUGCUUGGUCAUCAGAAUCAGAAACAAAAGAUCAAGCAUGUUAUGAAGCUGAAAACUGAGAAUUGUGAGCUCAAGCAGGAGGUGUCUAAACUUCGUGCUCUGCUCGCAAAAGAAAAGCACGCUGAAAAACAAUUACAGGAGCAGUUGAACAGCGUUCAGGGUAUGAAGAGGUUUGAUCCAUCCAAAGCUUUCCAGCAUGAUGUCAAGGAAAACAUAUUUCCUAAAGUUCCGUUACGAGAAGGAAACCGGAAAAAGAGCUGAUGCUUUUUUCAUCAAUAUGUCUACUUAGGUUAAUGGACUGCUAUUUUUAAUUACAUAUUUAUUUUAGAUUGUAUAAAAUGCUGCUUCCAAGAGUAGUUUAGAUUUUUUUUGUGUUGUCCUUUGCAAUAUUAUAAUUUGUCUUCUGAAUAAAUAAUGUCUCUUAUUUCUGUUCAGAUGUUGAUAACCUUUAUAUAUUGGGUACCGUGUAUUUUGAGAAUCUGUUUUAAAAAAGCUUGAAUUUUAAUAAAAGAAAACUCAAAGAACAA